GUAGCAUGGGAAUGAAAGAAAAAAACAUAUAAGAUAAAUGAAGUGGCUGAGUAUUCCCAUUCUACCCAGCUACGCCAGCACGACAGUUACCAUGGGCACUAACAAUACAGUGCCCCAGAACAGAGAGUGAAAGCGAAACAACUCAAAAGAUGAGGAUAACCUUAGACGUAUCCAAUAUAUCUUCACUUGUCAAGAACUUGAGACUCCAGCAGUCAACAAAGACACAAUGCUUAUUUCAACAGCCAGGUGCUACUUUAUUUGUGCAAAAGCAUAAGUUAUUCUGUUCCCAGACUGACCAGUCCAGCGAUAAUACCAACAGUCAACAGUUUGAUGAACGUCUGCUUGAAGUACUUGUAUGCCCUCUCUCAAAGCAACCAUUAAGGUAUGACAAGGCCAACAAUGAGCUGGUGAGUGAAAGUAUAGGUGUGGCUUAUCCAAUCAAAAAUGGGAUUCCAAACCUUGUACCUCAGGAUGCAAGAACAUUUGAAAAACCUACAGAAAUUGACACAUGACAGUGUAAAGGAUUUGUAAAAUAGAAAUGGCAUUUUGUGAUAUUUAAAUUUGAGAUUUGGGUGUGUUACAGUGCUACAAAAAGGCUCAUGCUGCCUUGUAAAUUUUAGAGUUUAACAGAAAGUUGAGUUCACAGUUAAGGAUUAAAAACAUCUAACUGAUUAUAUGGCAGUCAGGAAAUAGGCAGUUAUUUAGUGAUUUAGCCUUUUUAAGUUUUUAAUGGGCGAGCAAAUAUGUGCAGCUAAUGCUUGAACUGUUAUGACAAGUAAAUUUAUGGGCAUGUAUAGAAUUAUUUAUGUCUAAUACGAUAAAGAAUAGCUAUACAAAAUUAAGGAUAUGUGGUUUUCUAUGAAAUUAUCAAUUACCAAUUUUGUUGUGAACUAUUAUUAUGUCACUUUGGUAUAUUAAAAGAAUUAACAUCUU